AUGCCUCGGCGCCCCAGCCCGACGCAUUUCCUGUGUCUGCAGCUCGCCAGUCCGCAGUUGACCAGGAAUCUGGCUGAAUUUCGGGCCGACGUCACGGGCGACAACGGCUUCGGAGUUCCUGCCGAUGCUGUUAGACCGCCGGGCACGCUGCACCUUACCCUGGGCGUCAUGAGCCUGAAACCAGACGAUAUUCGCCCGACGCUCGAGGUGCUGGGCAGGCUUAGGCCCAGGGAGAUCCUGGCCGGUCUGAGGGCUGCCGACAACGCUCCAGCGUCCACGGCGGGCUCGGAACCUGGGGCUCGUACGGCCGGGGGCCUGUCCAUAUCUCUUCGUGGAAUACACUCCAUGACGGGCGCGUCCAGGACAUCUGUGCUCUACGCUGCCCCCGCCGACGCGGAGGGCCUCCUCUACAGCUUUUGCCGGGAGCUGCAGAAGCCGUUCCGCGAGACGGGUCUGAUGGAGGGCGAGGACCGGCCGCUGCUGCUGCACGCCACGGUUGUUAACACGGUAUACGUCAGGGGGAGGGGAGGCGGAAGGAGGCGAGAAAGACUGAUGCUCGACGCGGGCGAUUUGAUGGCCAGGUAUGACGAUUACGUGUGGGCUGAGGACAUGCCGGUCAGCAGGGUGGCGCUCUGUAGGAUGGGCGCGAAGAAGGUGGAUGGCGACGAGCGUUAUGAGGUUGAGGGCGAGAUUGAGAUGUGA